GCGGCCAUUUUGUGAGGCGGCAUCGGAGGUGCUUGGCUGCAGUGGGCUCCGGGAAGCCGUUCGGGCUGGGGCUAUCGGCCGCGGGGCUGAGGCACUCGCACGGGGGGUAACUCGGGUCUGGGUUCUGGUGCCGCGCAAGCUCUCCCCGGAUUGACUUGGCCUCUACUUCUUAAGAAAAUACAUCUCUUGUUUUACAAGGUGUGUGUGGUUUCAGCGCAGCAUGGCUGUGGUCAUCCGCUUGCAAGGUCUCCCAAUUGUGGCGGGGACCAUGGACAUUCGCCACUUCUUCUCUGGAUUGACCAUCCCUGAUGGGGGCGUGCAUAUUGUAGGGGGUGAACUGGGUGAGGCUUUCAUCGUUUUUGCCACUGAUGAAGAUGCAAGGCUUGGUAUGAUGCGCACAGGUGGUACAAUUAAAGGGUCAAAAGUAACACUGUUAUUGAGUAGUAAAACAGAAAUGCAGAAUAUGAUUGAACUGAGUCGUAGGCGUUUUGAAACUGCCAACUUAGAUAUACCACCAGCAAAUGCUAGUAGAUCAGGACCACCACCUAGCUCAGGGAUGAGCAGCAGGGUAAACUUGCCAGCAACAGCACCCAACUUUAAUAAUCCUUCGCCAAGUGUAGUUACUGCUACCACUUCUGUUCAUGAGAGCAGCAAAAACAUACAGACAUUUUCCACAGCCAGCGUAGGAACUGCUCCUCCAAGUAUGGGGACUUCGUUUGGGAGUCCAACAUUCAGCUCAACCAUUCCGAGUACAGCUUCUCCAAUGAACACGGUCCCACCACCACCAAUUCCUCCAAUUCCAGCGAUGCCAUCUUUGCCACCGCUGCCAUCCAUUCCCCCAAUACCAGUUCCUCCUCCAGUACCAACAUUGCCUCCUGUGCCUCCUGUGCCUCCCAUUCCCCCAGUCCCUUCGGUGCCACCUAUUAACCCAUUGCCACCCAUGUCAGGCAUGCCACCCUUGAAUCCACCACCUGUGGCACCUCUACCUGCUGGAAUGAAUGGCUCUGGAGCACCUAUGAGUCUGAACAAUAAUCUGAACCCUGUGUUUCUGGGUCCAUUAAAUCCUGUUAACCCUAUCCAGAUGAACUCUCAAAGCAACGUGAAGUCACUUCCCAUCAACCCUGAUGAUCUGUAUGUGAGUGUGCAUGGAAUGCCUUUUUCUGCAAUGGAAAAUGAUGUCAGAGAGUUUUUCCACGGGCUUCGAGUUGAUGCAGUACAUUUGUUAAAAGAUCACGUAGGUCGAAAUAAUGGGAAUGGAUUGGUUAAGUUUCUCUCACCUCAAGAUACAUUUGAAGCUUUGAAACGGAACAGAAUGCUGAUGAUUCAACGCUAUGUGGAAGUCAGUCCUGCCACAGAGAGACAGUGGGUAGCUGCUGGAGGUCAUAUCACUUUUAAACAAAGUAUGGGGUCUUCUGGACAAGCCCAUCCCCCUCCACAGACACUUCCAAGGUCAAAAUCGCCCAGUGGGCAGAAAAGGUCACGGUCAAGAUCACCACACGAGGCUGGUUUUUGUGUUUACUUAAAAGGGCUACCUUUUGAAGCCGAAAACAAACAUGUCAUUGAUUUUUUUAAGAAGUUGGAUAUUGUGGAAGAUAGUAUUUAUAUAGCUUAUGGACCCAAUGGCAAAGCAACUGGUGAAGGCUUUGUAGAAUUCAGGAAUGAUGCUGACUAUAAGGCUGCACUGUGCCGUCAUAAACAAUACAUGGGCAACCGCUUUAUCCAAGUUCAUCCAAUUACUAAGAAAGGUAUGCUAGAAAAGAUAGAUAUGAUUCGAAAACGACUUCAGAACUUCAGCUAUGACCAGAGGGAAAUAGUGUUAAAUCCAGAGGGGGAUGUCAGUUCUGCCAAAGUCUGUGCCCAUAUAACAAACAUUCCAUUCAGCAUUACCAAGAUGGACGUUCUUCAGUUCCUAGAAGGAAUCCCAGUGGAUGAGAAUGCUGUACAUGUUCUUGUUGAUAAUAAUGGGCAAGGUCUAGGGCAAGCACUGGUUCAGUUUAAAACUGAAGAUGAUGCUCGUAAAUCUGAACACUUACACCGUAAAAAGCUGAAUGGGAGAGAAGCUUUUGUUCAUAUAGUUACCCUAGAAGAUAUGCGAGAGAUUGAGAAAAAUCCCCCAGCCCAAGGAAAAAAGGGCUUAAAGAUUCCUGUUCCAGGUAAUCCUGCAGUACCAGUGAUGCCUAGUACAGGGAUGCCUGCUGCUGGAAUUCCCACUGCUGGAAUACCCGGUGCUGGGAUACCUGGUGCCGGAAUGCCAGGUGCUGGAAUGCCUAAUGCGGGUAUGCCCACUGCUGGAAUGCCUGGUGCUGGGAUGCCCAGCGCUGGAAUACCCGGUGCCGGAAUACCUGGUGCCGGAAUACCUGGUGCUGGAAUACCUGGUGCCGGAAUACCUGGUCCCGCAAUGCCCGGUCCAGCAAUACCCGGACCAGCAAUACCCGGUCCCGCAAUGCCUGGUCCUGCAAUGCCUGGUCCUGCAAUGCCUGGUCCCGCAAUACCCGGUCCCGCAAUGCCUGGUGCCGCAAUACCUGGUCCUGCUAUGCCCGGUGCUGGCAUUCCCACUGCAGGAGGAGAAGAGCAUGUCUUCUUGACUGUAGGAUCGAAGGAGGCCAAUAAUGGGCCGCCAUUUAACUUCCCUGGUAAUUUUGGUGGGCCGAAUGCCUUUGGACCACCACUUCCCCCUCCAGGAUUAGGAGGUGCCUUUGGUGAUGUUAGGCCUGUUAUGCCUUCAGUUGGAAACAGUGGUUUGCCUGGCCUAGGACUGGAAGUUCCAGGUUUUGGAGGUGCACCAAAUAAUUUAAGUGGGCCGUCAGGAUUUGGGGGGAUCCCUCAGAAUUUUGGAAAUGGCCCUGGUAGUUUAAGUGCUCCUCCUGGUUUUGGAAGUGGACCCCCUGGUCUUGGAAACGUUCCUGGGCAUUUGAGCGGGCCUCCAGCAUUUGGGCCUGGGCCUGGGCCUGGCCCAAUACAUAUCGGGGGUCCCCCUGGCUUUGCAGCUAGCUCUGGAAAACCAGGACCUACAAUAAUUAAGGUGCAGAACAUGCCCUUUACUGUAUCUAUUGAUGAAAUUUUAGAUUUCUUUUAUGGUUAUCAGGUAAUCCCAGGUUCAGUAUGUUUAAAAUACAAUGAAAAAGGUAUGCCUACAGGUGAAGCCAUGGUGGCCUUUGAAUCGCGGGAUGAAGCCACUGCUGCCGUCAUUGACUUAAAUGAUAGGCCUAUAGGUUCGAGAAAGGUAAAGCUUGUUUUAGGGUAGCCGUUCACAUCAGUUCUUUAGGGUAUAUCUUCAUGUUGCUGUGAUUAAUGCAUCCAGAUUGUUUUCCUAGUAUUUCCAGGUUAGAACCUGUGGAUUGUUUCUAUUGCAGAUAGAUUGGUUUCUAUAACACAGAGCUUGGUUGGCUGUUUACAACCCACAGAAUAAACAUUGCAGUUUGUUACAGUAAAGCUAUCUGGAGGGAACACCAAAAAUAAUUUGGGCAUACCAGUAGAAACCAUUUCUAAAACUUGUUGAUCUUAUAAAGCUUAUCAAGGAAUCUAGAUUGGCUUCUUUUAUACCACAUGGGAUGAAGAAGAUAGAAACAAGAGUAGAGCUCAUGGAGGGUGCUCUUGCCAGUUACUGACAACUGGAAGUUUUGCAAUUUGAUUUAAAGUUGGACAUAUUUGCUUUGUUAUAGGGUCAAAGCUUUGUCUACAACCUACAUUUUCUUUUAAAAUUGAAUAAAGUCUCUGUAUCUGGAUUCAUUGUAUGUACCUUUAUUGCUUCUUGAGGGUUCUUGCUGUAUAGAUAGUCCUGCUUCAGAUGUUGCCGCUAUUUGCCUAAUUGACUCACUUGUAAUGAGUACAACUACUUCGUUGGUUUUUAAUUAAUUUCUAAUAUAAAAACUCCACACUUGGUUUGUGCUAUAUAACCCUGAACUUUGAUUUCUAAUGUCACACUUAUGAUUGUGUGGAAUGACUUUUACCAUAAAAAUAAACUAUGGAGUCCUCUACUGGCCUUUUUUGGUUUGAACGCUAAGUUUUAUUAGUUUAGUAAGUUUAAAAUUGUUUAUAUUGUUUGGAUGGUAAGGGAAACCAGAAACCACUUUAGUAAUCAGUGUUUAGGUGUUUGAUUUGAAGUCCUUAUUGUGAUGGACUAAUUUAGCAAAUUGCUUUUGUCCCAAUUUUAGGUGACAUUUGGAACAAAGGGGUCCAUAAGAAAGAGCAGUCUAUCUUGGAAUUUAAAACUGAAGUUGAAGUUGGUAGUUUGUUAGCAUUAUUAUUGUUGUAGAAUGUAAGAUCCCUAAGGUGGACUGUAGGUUGGUGUGUGCUUAAUUCUGUCAAUUUGGAGGCUUUUGGUGUAGUUGUUUGAUCACGAGCCUGUUCACAAAUAUUCUUAUGCAGAGUACAGCUGUCAGAGGAGAGAACUGAGAUGACUCCUUGCGUUUUCAUUUUCUUUCCUUUUGGCAAUCAGGGCACCAAAGUAGGGGAUCACAUAGACUUUGGUUGGCUAAAUGUCCUUUUCAUAAAAGUAUUUGGUUCAUUACAUCUUGUUUAUUUACACUUAAGGGCCUUUAGGGGUUUUUCUUUAUUUAAAAUGCUUGAAAACUUUUAUAUUAAUAUACAGAAUUGAAGAUUAAUGAAUAAUCAUGGAAAAUAAAUUAAAUCUUUCACAGACCUUGCUUUGAUUUGAAAUACAUCAACAUUAUUUACAAGUCUGCAUUUGCUUUUAAAAAGAGACAUUUCUUGUAUAUACAUAUAUGUAUAUGUACACACACAUACAUAUACAUAUACCACACACAAACAUGUAUGUAUGUCUAUAUGUAGUGCCUUUGUGGUGUUCUAGGGUAGUGGAACACUGAAAUACAGUUUCGUCGUUAACUCUCGAGUUAUGAGUGGCAACAGUCCCUUGUGUGAUAAAGUGUGGAAAACCUAUUCACUGCUGUAGUCUUGGAGGGCAAUAGUAUGGAGUUUUUGUUUAGGGAACGGAUUAUGCAGACUUUGAAAAGAAGUGGCUGCAUUGUGAAUCACUUAGUAACUCACAGAUACAAUUUAUUCAACAGAUAGAUAACUGUCUCAAAAAGCAAUAUGUUUAUAUGUGAUGUUUUUUGUUAAGUAAUCAUUUCUCAUUCCAAAGACAGAAUGUGAACACUUCAGAACUACUUGGGGCAUCUUAUUUCAACUCCUGGUUAUUUUCCAUUGGAAAGCUGACUUUCUUUUAGAAAAAUUGGUUGUUGGAAGGUGACAUUCUUUUAUUCUUUCUCACUAUUUUGGUUGUAUAUUCCUACACAUUUAUUAAAUAUUUCAUACACUCAAUUGCACCUAUUGUUAUUUCUACAUUUUAGAUAAAUGCUAAAAAGAAAAACUUGGAUCUCACUGUUCAUUAAAUAAAUUAAGAAAAUAGUGUUGGUGUAGAAAUCAGAGAGAACUGUGUUCUGCAUUCGCUUGGGUCACAACAGUGUUUGUUGUGAAAUGUAAUUAAAUGCUCUGCCCUCUGGAACUUCAGUUUGUGUAUCUAUCUAUGAGAUUAUUAACAGACCUAAUUGCUAAGUAUAUUGUUUUAUCUUGUUCUGGGCAUUGAAGUUUCAGUUUUUGUUUUAAUAACCAUGAAAAUGUGUUUUAUGAAACUAUUUAUACCUCUCGACAAAUUUUCUCCAGAACUAGGUUUGGUAUAGACUUGAAUUUACAUAAUCUUUUCGUUUGUAUGGCAUGAAGGCUUUGUAAAGCUCUGCUCAAAGAGUGUUUGUAAACACUACCCAGGUAUUCUCAAUUUCACGUGUAAAUUCUAUUGUCUGUUUUCGGUGUCUUUGAUAUUAAUGGAUGAGAAUAUUUUCCAUUAGGUUUAUUUUUUUCCUAAGUUCUGUUGGUGUUUGGUUUUUUUUUCCUUUUGCUUUUAAAGGAUUAGCAAAACCUACAAAUGUAUUUUAUAAAUAAGCAAAUUUGUAAAUUUUCUUGAACUUCAGUGACAGAUUUAGUUCAUAAGCAUAAUUUGGAGGUGUUUUUUUGUGAUUAUACUAGUUUGGAUGUACAAUUAUUAGUGGCUGUUUUGGGUUUUGUUUUAAUCCAACAGUGUUAAGUGAAAUAUCGUUCCUGCAUUAGGAAAUGUCAAACUUACUGAUAGUAAUACUCAGUGUAGUUAAGAUCAGUUUUGACCUGUUUGAUGAUAGGAGUUUGUAUAUAUAUAUAUAUAUAGAAGUAAGCAAGCUUACCCAAUUUGGGUGAAAAUGGUCACCUUGCACAAAAAAAGGAAACACAAAAGCUUACUCAAUCUCCAUCUUGAUGGACCUGUGAUUGUACAAGUAUGUGAAAAUAAAGUGCACUCAGUCUAAAAGCACUGGAAAAUGAGUUAAGAAUGUGUAAAAAAUCCGUUUUGGGAAGAGAUUCUGGUGGUGAUCACUUUUGAGUACUUUUCCCACUCACAAUUGCCAUGUGUAAAUUUUUUCCUUCAGCUGUUUUAUUGGCAGUUCUAUAGUCCAAUUUAGAAACCAGUGCAGCCGAGAGGCUGUCGGUGUGACACACCAUGCCAGCACCUACUACUGUGGCAUCGUUUAGCAGUUUUUCACUUAUAAAGAAGAAGUCUUGGAUACUGUUCAAUAAACUUGUCACAAAAUAAAGGCUGAUGCUUUUAAUGCUUUAACUGCACAAAGUAUGUCUUUGAGCUGUAAUACCGCUUUUUGGAUUUUUGUGUUUAACAAAUGACAUAUUUGUGCCUUUGGAAAUGUGGAUUUGGUUAUUUUAGAGGUAAAAAUUGUUGUGUGUUCUUGUCUAAUGCUGAAGUGUGGGAAGAAGAGGAUGCUUUGGGAUGGCAGGGAGGAAACUUGAUUCUAGGUCAAAUCUGUGGUAUCGGAAUUUCAUUUUAUUGU